AUGCGACCGAUCUUCCUCUUGUUGGUCGCCUCUUUCGCGGUUCGUUCCUCAACCUCAAUGUCUUGAGUCGAUUCUACCUUCAGGUUUGCUACGCCCAACAAAACCAACAGGCGGGCGCCGUAAACUGGCUUCCGGCGCCACAGAAACUUCCGGCGAAGCCUGCCAACCAUGAGUUUUACGUCAGUCCUGCAGAUCCAUCUGUUUUUAGAGUUUCUUCGGGUUACAGAAAGGCUACAACGACUAUCAGAGAAUGUUGCUGACGCCCAACGGCAUUUUGUACGUCGUCCAGCUUUUGCAGGUCUUCUGACGUCACUUCUUCUAUGUCUAACAUGAUCCUUUUUCAGGAGAAAACGAGCAGCAUGAUUAAGAUAUCUGAUCCUGCGCGUAGGGCUGAGAUUUUCGGCUACAUGUACGAGGUGCGUAUUACUUCUUUUUGUUUCAACGGAAGAUAUUUCAGCUCCUCGAGUGGGGACCACAGGGUCCUCCUGGCGGUUUCAGCAUCAAGAGUUCGAUCAAGGGAGUUCCGGUGGCGGUCAAGCCCGGAACAGGAAAGCGCCAUCGCCGUAACGAGGUUCCAUUUUGUUUGUCGGAAAAGAGUUUCACGUAAGAUGAACCACGUUCGUCAAGAUUCGGGCGAUAUCUUAGUCUUAUCCCCGGAAUCUCGCCGUCAUAUAAGUCUGUGUGCCACCACUCGAAAUUUAUCCGAACGACAUUCCGCUGUUCCGCUGCGUGCGUUCGCGAUGCGUCUUUCGAAUCUAGGUCACGCUUUCAAUUGAUUGUUAUUGCUGUGAGAGCAAAUGAAAGUAGAGUACCUUAAUAAAAGAAAAAAAAAAAUUAAAGCGCGACCAAGGUUCGCAAAAAGGCGCAGCGGCACAACGGAAUGUUGUUCGGUAAAUUUCCAAGUCGUGAUACACAGGCUACACGGCGGUUUAUCUUGCGUGUACCUCAUCAUUGAAAAAUUUAAUUCGCUGUUUUUCGUAGCUUUGUUUUAGCAAGUCCUUGGAUUACCAUAUCAAAAAUUCUUUUUUCUGGAACUUUUUUUUCAGCCUCACAUCCACGCUCGCUUGGUUUUCCGCAAGAAGAAGGUCGUCGCCGAAGACGGCACCACCGCCUAA